UCGGACGCGACGGCAACUCUCGGUGUCUCUCCGCAGAUGUGCGAGAAGUUCUCCGUCUGCGAGAACAGCAUGGAGAUGCUCGUCCGGAACAACCUCAACCUGCCCAAGGUGACGGAGGAGGACGGCUGCCUGCUCGCCGGCUUCGACGAGGAGAAAUGCCUGAGGAAGCUCUCCAGCGGCCUGUUCGCCUUUCAGACCUAUCUGGAAUUCAUUCAAGAAACUUUUGCUAGCGAAAAGCAGAAUGUCGAAUCGCUGUGCUACGGCACAAAGCACCUGGCGGCCACGAUCCGGCAGAUGGUGAUAAAUCCCGAUGAAGUGGUCAUCCCAGACUCAGCCACCCAGAAAUCCCUCCUCGCCAAGCUGAAGUCAGAUAAGGCGUGGAUAGAGAAGAUCACCACGCACCUCAUCCUCCGUGACUUUACUUCGUUUAUGGAGAAGACCGUGAGGGCCGUUCGCUAUUUGAAAAACACCAGGAGUUUCAGUGCCUGAAUGUUUUAGUUCGGGCACAGUCCUCUGUUACCGAUCUGUCAUGUGGCAGAUGGCAGUGUUGUUCCGUUUCAGGAACCAGAUAGUAACAAUGGUUUGCAUUUAUAGACAUUCUCAUUUCCUUCUAGGAACCUAUUUAUUGUAUUUAAAAUAUUUAUUCUUUUCUAAUGUUUUCUAUUUAUAUGAAAUAUUUUCAAUAUUUAGAAAUAACUUAAGCAAAACACCUGUUUCAUUUCUUACGGUACUAUUCAGAAUAUCAACUUAUUUAUUACGUAUUCAAUGCCAAGGAAAAUGCCCAGAAGCCAGACUAUUGUAUAACUUAUGCUUUUAAAAUAUUUGAGAGAUUGUAUUUUUUAUCUAUUUAUAUUUUUUAAACAAAUAAAAGCUCACUGGAAAAAAAAACCAACCUGUCUGAACUUUAAAUAAGGCUGGAGAGCUCCACUGUAUUCCGCAUUUAAUGCCCAGAAUUAUCAAAAUAAUCCUUUUAAAUAAUGUAAUCUGUAUAAUUA